GGCCAGACCAUAAUGUCGGUGGUACGUGGAUAGAAAUUGUCGAUUGUGAAAUUGUUCUUUUCUCCCAAAGAGGAAGUGUUCAGUUUCAUCGGAAGUUAUCCCUGAAAAGUGUUCCUCAUCGAAAGAAGUCAUUCCCUCAGCUGAAAGUGGUGCAUUUGAGCUUGGAAAAGAGCUUCGUGAUUUGAUUUCAAGAGACGCAGGACUUUUUAUCUUGUUGAAGAGGAAAAAGGGCCAAGUUAAAAUCCACAGGAUUCUCUCGUCCAUCAAAGGAGAGAAGAAUUCCUUCAAUGUCUCGCCGAGUGGAGAAUGCUUAAGUUACCAAAAGGUCUAAAGAAGAAAAAGAAAGGGAAAAAAUCGAAAAAGGAUAAGGAACUUUUCACUGAAGAAGAACUCGAGCAGUAUCGCAGGGAACAUCAAAAACAGGCACCAGUUGAAUUUGAAGAACAACCAACACCAAGUGCUGAGCCAGAAGCGGAGCCAAGUACAUCCAAGGCGGAAGAUGAUGAUGAAUGGCGGAAAUUCAAUGCACUCGCAACUGGUGUUGAUUCAAUACUAAAGAAGACUCAAGGGGAUCUCGAUCGCAUCAAGUCCACAUCGUUCUUCCAGCGCGUUCCACCACCAAGUGAGCAGAAAAGAGCCGAAGAGGAGGCACAGCCAGAGGAGAGUGCCCAGGAAGAGGUCCCUCCUAGUGAGGAGGUAGAGGAAAAGGACAACCUCGCUAGUGCUGUUAUCGAACUCUCCGAGUCUGAGACAGAAAGUGAAGAAGCUGAUGAUAUCUUCGAUACUACAUAUAUUGAUGUAAUCACCACCAACGAGCUUCCACUUGCAUACAUUCCGGAUUCACCAGUUCAAGAAGAGGAAGACGGUCCAGAUCCAUUUGACACCACUUACGCUGAUAAGGUAAUCAAAGGUCCAGAAGUAUCGAAGAAAGGGAAGAAGAUCGUUAGCAUCGGAUCGGCAGUUCAAGUUCUCACAGGAAGAGUAGAAACCGUAACUGCAACUGUUUCAACUAAGCGUCCUCGAAGGGGUGUGCAAAAUCUUCUUCUUGAGGAAUCCGAAGAAGCAACAGGAGAUUCCACAUCAGUUACAGAAUCUGCGCCUGCUCCAAUUGUCAAGACACUCUUGGAUGACACUGAUGAUGUCCUACCCGAUUUGCCCAUUGACUUAAGUGUAUCACUCCAUUUAACACUUCAGAAGGAGAAGGCAGAGAAGGACAAAUCCCAAGAGGCCGAUAACACAGACAAAGACGUUGUUGCUGAAUUUGAUGAAUUAAAGCCAUCCGAACCAGAAGAUGAUGAAUUUGCACAAUUAGCCAGUGAAUCUCUGACUAAAACUGAAGAAGGACUUAAAUUUGCACCUACAGAUUUAGCCUCUAGUGAGGUUGAGGUAUCGUCUGAUUGGGCAGCUUUUGAGGAACAAAGGACCACUGGAGAUAAAGGCAAACCCGUUCGUCCUCCACCACCAAGGCCGCCCACUACACCUCAGGUUCCAUAUUUGGUAAGCGACCAGAUUUUGGAAAUCCCAGAAGAGGCUGACGACGUCGAUCCUUUCGAUACAGCCUUUGUUGACCGCGUAGUUCUAGCUGACGACGACGAUUUUGACCCACGUGCUGAAGACAAAGAAGAGGAACCAGCUCAAGUAGUUCCAGCCGUCGAAGACGAACUCUUCUCUCCUGAUUUCCCCAAGGAGGAGAAUCUCUUCCCGCCAAGGGACUUCCUUGGAGGUAGUGUCAGUGAUCUUUCAACACUUCCGACUAUCACUCCAGCUGCGGCCACAGCCAAGACACCUGAAGAAUUAGAUCCUUUCGACACAUCUGCAGUAUCGUCUCUAGUUGCACCUAAAGAAGUUGAACUCAAAUUCUUAGAGAAGGAACUCUUGGCCGACAAUACCCCAGCUGUUGUUCCUGUUGCAACACUCAAGCACUCCCUCAGUGAUCCGGACUUUGAUCCACGAGGUCUUGGCGAGGAAGCCGAGGAGAAUCCUCAAGAAGGAACUCCAGUUAAGCCAUCUUUUGAGACAAGACCUUCUAUCGAUAUCCAGAGUCGAAAGUCCUCAUUGUGUCUCAAUAUCCAAGGAGUUGCUUCAAAAGCGGUAUCUUUUGCAGUUCCAUCCCCAGAUUUACUUGCUGUUGGUGAGAAUGGUGGUAAAAUCCAGAAACCACUAACUCCCUACUACAAUAAGGAAGUUGUUGUACCACCUACUGAAGACGUAGAUCCAUUUGAUACGUCUUUUGUGUCUGAAAUCAAGCCAACUGAAGUUGAGCUUAGUCUCUUAGAGAGUGAUCUUCUUAAGCAAUCCCAACAGGUUUUAGACGAAGACGACGACUUUGAUCCACGUGCUGAGACACCUGUAGUAUUUGCAGCUCCAGUUGUACAACCAGUAAAGACUCCAGACCUUUUAGCAGUUGGUGAGGAACUCAAUAUUAAAGUCUUGACUCCAGCUAUUGAAAUAGCAAACGCUGCAACAGAAGUACCUAUAUUUGACGAUCCUUUUGAUACAUCGGCAGUUGAUAGCAAUAUCCUACCCGGGAAGGCUGAGCUAAAGCUUAUUGAAAACGAACUCUUGCCUAACUUGGCAAAGACACCUGAACCAGUACUUGAUAUUCUCUCAUAUUCCCAAGACGAUUCACUUCCAGUAAAGGCUCUAACUCCUCUGGGUGCUGUGGCAAAUUCAGUUGAGGAAGUUGAAAUUGAUCCUUUUGAUACGUCGAUUGCGGAAAACUUGGGACCAGGAAAGACUGAAAUCAAACUCAUUGAAUCCGAAUUAAUUGGACAGAAGCAGUAG